UCACAACCAAUGCUGAGCUCAGCAUUGCUUUGCCAUUGGAUUCACAUUCAAAGUCUCGCUUCAAAAAUAAAUGUGAUUUUUGUUUACAUUUUGUGUUUCAUUUCAUAACAGUUAACACAAGCGUUGGAUUCAUGCCAUGAAUACAAUUAUCUGCAAACGAGUGCCAUUGAUCGCAUCGGCGAAGACAUGGCUGGCGGACGAGUGUCAGCGACGAGCGCUACACCAGUCAUCGGUGGUCUGUAAACAAGUGGCCGGACGUUACGUGAGAUAUAAGACCAAAUUCAAGACAUUUCCGAUGACAUACGAGAUGGCAAACCCUCCCUAU